AUGGCUCUGCUGCGUCCUGUGGAGAGAAACUGUGGCCCAGGGAGUCCCGGCCGCGUGUCCAGGCUUGUGGAGGCCUGGCGGGUCCGGACCCUGCUCUGCCCUGGGGGCCGGGAGCCUGCGCCUCUCGCCGCCUCACUGCGUCUGAGAAGCACUUUGCGUCCUGCUGACGCCCAGCCAGGCCCUCCCCGCUGUGCCCGGGCCCGGGCACCUCGCAGACGUGCACCAAGGAGCCCACAGUCCGCCCGGCCCCGCGGGGCGGCCGGCACCACUCGGCAGACGCGGGUGCAGCUGUCUGGGCACCUCCUGCCUGAGCUGCACCUGGGUUCCUGUCCUCAGAGGCGUGACCGGCAGAGGCCCUCUUCUUGA